GAGAUCGGGAUAUUGACAGAAGCGACGGGUAAACGGAGACCUACGGUGGCGAUGACGAGGAUGAGUGAAAAGUAAAUCUCUGAUAACGACAGUCUGCAUCUUUUCGCCAUUUAAUCCCGUCCUGUACAGAGAUGAUCAAAGCCUUUUCUACGCUUCGGUCCCUCAUGUGGUGUCACUGGGCCAUGGUUCGCAAGAAAGGAUCUCUUAUUUUGUGCGGAGCAUUUGUUUUCGUUGCCUGGAAUGCCUUGCUCCUCCUCUUCUUGUGGGGGAGGCCUCCCAUUGGUCGCCUUGGUGAGGGAGGUGGAGCUGAACCAGGAGCCGGAGAGGAGUGGGGAGCCGGAAAAGCAAAAAUGGGUGGAGCUCAUGGAUUGGCUGGCGAAGUGAUCAGAUUGGCUGAAGAAGUCGAAUCUGAACUGGAAACUCAGAAGAAGCUUCUCAAACAGAUCCAAGGUCACAGGGAAUUAUGGGAACAGCAGAAAGAACUGAUAAAGAGGGAAUCGGAGGACACGAAAGACGAUAAGAAAGUUGAGGAGCCUAAAAGGCCUCAGCAGGUUCCUGCGGUUCCUCUAAAUCAUAAAACUCUAGACGUUACGAAACACGACACACGGGCUCUUUUGGUUACACCACCUCAUCUGGUCAUGAAGGAGGAGAAACUAGAUGAAAUGAAGGAAAUAUCCAAAAAUGAAGUAGACCUCACCAAGCCAAGUUCUCAAAUUAUUAUCCCAAUUCUAGUGAUAGCCUGUGAUAGAGUAACAGUGAAGAGGAGUUUGGAUAAAUUGAUCCAGUAUCGUCCUUCUGCUGAGCUUUAUCCAAUCAUUGUCAGCCAGGACUGCGGUCACGCAGAUACAGCAAGGGUGAUCGGCUCCUAUGGAAGUCAGAUAACCCACAUUAGCCAACCGGAUCUUGCGGAUAUUCCGGUACGGCCCGAUCACAGGAAGUUCCAGGGUUACUACAAGAUUGCCAGGCACUACCGUUGGGCACUGAACCAAGUGUUCAAUGUCUUCGCUUACUCUACAGUGGUCAUUGUGGAGGAUGACCUAGAGGUGGCUCCGGACUUCUUUGAGUAUUUCCGUGCUCUGUACCCUAUUUUGUAUUCUGACCCUACCCUGUGGUGCAUCUCUGCCUGGAAUGAUAACGGACGGGAUGGGCUGGUAGACCCGGGCAAAGCUGACCUCCUUUACCGGACAGAUUUCUUUCCUGGCCUUGGAUGGAUGCUUUUGAAGGAGGCAUGGGCAGAGUUGGAGCCCAAGUGGCCCAAGGCAUUCUGGGAUGACUGGAUGCGCCACCCAGAGCAGCGAAAGGAGCGCUCUUGCAUUCGUCCGGAGAUCUCGAGGACUAUAACCUUCGGCCGGAAAGGAGUCAGCUUGGGUCAAUUUUUUGACCAGUAUCUGCGCUACAUAAAACUCAACACUGAAUUUGUGCCUUUCACUAAACUGGACUUGUCCUACUUGGUCAGGGAGAGGUAUGAUGAAAACUUUAACAAGAAAGUGUAUAGCGCCCCCUUGGUAAAAGUGGAGGAACUGCAGCAAGGAAGCUUGAAGGGCUCCGGCCCGUUCAGAGUUCAGUAUUCCAGCAGAGAUAGUUUUAAAGUGUUGGCUCGCAAUUUGGGAGCGAUGGACGACUUGAAAUCAGGGGUUCCCCGUGCCGGGUACAGGGGCGUAGUCAGCUUCAUCUCCCGUGGGCGAAGGAUAUACCUGGCGCCACCUGAGGGCUGGACUAAAUAUGACACUAGCUGGAGCUGAGAAGGAUGAGGACCACAAAAGGACAGAAACUCACAACUAUUAUUACAAGUACCGGAGAGAAACGCCCUCUCAAACCAAAGAAAACAGAGGCGGGGUGUGACAGAUUGAGGAAAGGUUAACUAUGAGAAGCGAGUACUGCUGGUUUGCUAUGGAGGAAUACCCAGGCAUGCUGGGAACAGCACAAGCGUGGGUCUGUCGUACUGUAUGUGUGUGCAGCGAUCAUGCAACAAGCUGCCCUCAUAGACAUAAACAGUAGAGCUAUGCUGUAGACUGCUCCACUUAUGAUAAGUGGGGUAUAAAUUUACCCUAUUACACGUUCUAUCAAAUGAAUGUCCAGGUCAUAUUUCACCACAAAAUCAAAAGAAAUUCUAUUUUGCAUAAACAAUAAAGCCCUAUUAAGACAUGAAAAGUACAUUUUCUCCCCGACAUCUCAUUAUUUUAAUGCUGUAAUGGUUUAUGUUAGAUUUAUUUUGUAAUUGUCAUAAUGCUCAGUAAUGAUUUAUAUUACUCAAAUGCAUUAAACAAUGAGCAAUAAAGCACUACAUCAAGUUCUGCUAUAUUGCGAUACAGGAAUGAGACUGGGGGUCCUAAAUUGUAUUCAAAUGCAAAAAAAGUUUGAUUCCUUAAUUUCUUUUGAUUUUAGGGUAAAACAUGACCCCAAUAUUAGAUUUACACUACUAAAGACCAAUUUUUCUAGUAAAUGAGAUGAUACAGAUGAAUAUACAUGCAUUUACCUUUGAUGUAGCACCACUAUUCAAUCUCUGAAGUUAAAGCUUGUGCCGGGCUUGUGUUACUGACAUACCAAAACUCUGAAAGAAAAACAAUUUUGUGCCAUUUUGUUGAAGAAUUACUGUACUUGAAUCAGUUUUUUAUUGUUCUUCCUGGAUGGGGAAAGCAUUCAUUGCAUUUCAGAUAUGUUUGUAGGUUUGUUGCAAAACCACAGUGGUCAUAGAAAUCGCUUUAUGGAUGGAUUUGUACUGUAUGUAAAUGUUUGGGAGAGAAAAGAUCGGACUUUAAUGCACAUGCAGUAUGAAAAGUGUGAAACCACUGCCUGAUAUGUUUAUAUCUUUAAUACAUUGAGAAUAAAACAGACUAUUUUGCUAUUUGA